CAACAGUUUAACUUCCACCUCCUGAUCUUUGCAGCCAUCCUAAGGAAAGCUGUGAUGUUUGCCAGGACAAUCCUUUUGCUCCUCGGGAUGGGCACUGUGAAUGGAUUCCGCCCCAACCACGAAUCAGGGGGCAUUGCUCCGGGUGACUUCACCGAUGCCGACAUCACCGAAAAAGGGAUACUGAAGGCUGUUUCUUGGUUCAUGGAGACAUCUGCCCUUCCUGGAAAAUCUCCCAAAGCCCCAGGAGAGCUAGAUGACAAGAAUCCGACUGAAUUGUUCAAAGCAUAUUUUGAAGCUGAUGUGUCUCCUGAUCGGUUUGUCAAAGCCCUUGAGGAAAUUGUCAAAGGGAACAACCAAGUGGAGGUCGAUAACGGGGAAGACAGCAGUUACUUCUUCUACUGUGGAGACAUUGCCAAAAGUAUAGCCCAGCUUCGAGCCCUACGAAAGGCCAUGUUAGCGAGUCUUGUAGAGCCUGUGACUUUAGCAGGCUUGGAGUCAGCUCGCCUAAAUGCUGGGAAGGCCCUCCAUGUGCUCCAGAAGUUCUACAGCAACACCAAUUGGGUUGAAAUGGGAAAUGAUGACAUUUACGAAUUUCUGAUCAAUGAAGACAGUGAUGUUAAAGUACCAAUUGCCCCUGCUUCUAUAGCAACAUGUAAAAACUGUGUCAAAAGUGUCAGUGGGGUGUACACAUGUGUGGACAACAUACUUAUCAAGGACAUGAUCGUAAGUGGGUACAAGAUAUCAGCAACUUGCAAGACCAAACCACAAGGCAGAUGUGGGCACGGAGGGAAAGAUGAUGCCACGCAAGACACCAACCCCACUGGGGGCAUCAAUAAAGAGACUUCUGACCCCAAGCUCUCCCCUCAUGCUCACCUGCAUAAGAAAGCAGCGGAACUAGCUAUUCAAGCCACAAAGAACUUCUUUGUAGAAGGGGAUGCCAGCCUCCUCACCAUGGUGGACAAAGACAUCUUCCGGAAGUUUUUCAACCUGGAAGGCUACUCUCUCGUCUUUGUGAUAGACACCACCGGCAGCAUGGGUGACGAUAUUGCCCAGGUCAAAGAAAAAAGCAUCCAACUUAUCCAGAAAUUUUCCACCUUGCCAGACGCACCCUUCAACUACAUUGUGGUACCCUUCAAUGAUCCAGAUCAUGGUCCAGCCUUUAAAACUCAUAAUGUGAAUGAGUUGAAAAACUAUAUAUCCAGGCUCACUGUUGAUGGUGGGGAUGACUGCCCAGAAAUGUCAUUAAGUGGUUUGAAGUUGGCUUUGGAUGAGAGUUUGCCAAGUUCCAAAAUCUACAGUUUCACUGAUGCUUCCGCGAAAGAUGAACAUCUGAAGGAGCAAGUCAAGAUCAAGAUUGAUGCUACUCUGUCGGAGGUGAACUAUCUCCUCACAGGGACUUGCUCAAAACGGAAACGCGGAAGUGUCACUAAAAGGAUUGCCAGGGAUUCUGAGAGAGGCUAUGAAAACAUCUAUGAAGAGAUAGCUACUUAUUCAGGCGGCUUCUAUGUACUGACCACUAAACCAGAGCUCUCUAGGGUCCUGGGGGUCAUGGAGCUCUCCCUGAAUGCUGCCCCAGUGAAGGUGACUCAGGCUCGUCUGGAUGGGACCCGGUUCUCCUUCCCGGUGGACGAGACCCUCACUGAAAUCACAGUCUCAGUCAAGAAUAUGCGCUCUAGCAGGUUCAGCAUGACCAUACGGACACCAUCAGGUGCUACGGCAAGGAAUACUAAGACCCUGAUUGAUACUACCAACCACAAGAUUGUGAAGGUGUCCCCUAUCCAGGAGAGGGGUUCGUGGACUGUGACCGUCUCUCCCAGCAGUUCCUAUGAGGUGGAAAUUGGAGGCAAGAGCUUACUUGACUUCUCCUACCAGAUUAUGCAGAAGCAGAGAGACUAUAUGCUCCCAAUCCAGGGACGACCUAUAAAAGGAUCGAGCUAUGCUAUCUCCUUGAAGAUGUUGGGGGAUGCCAAAGGAGUUAAGGUCAAGCACCUGGUCUCUAUCUCUGAACGAGGAACUGCUCGGUCGGUCCCCUUAAACCAAACCUCAGAUGCCCUGGGCAAUGUCUUAGCCAUUGCCACCCUUCCCUUUGAUUCAUCGAUGUCUCUCUUGAAGGUGGAAGGCCUGUCUCCAAAUAAUCUUCCUUUUUCCCGAGUCAGCAGCAGCCCCAUCCGCACAGAGUCUGUGGAGGUCUUGCCCUUACCAGGCCAAAAAGGCACAAUGUCACCUGGUGAGACCUUGAGGCUCUCUGUUGUGGUGGUGAAUGAUGGGACACCAGCCUCAUUCUCUUUCAAGGUCUGGGAUGACCGUAGUUUCCUGAGAAGCUUCUCACCAAAAAGCAGUUUCCUAAGGACAGGGCAGAAUAUUACCCUCACUGCAACCUUCGAAGCACCUGUGAGACAGGACAAGUUUGUCUCCAGCAUUGCAACUUUCACAGCUGAGAGCUCUACAGCCCAGAACUACCUGAAGUUGCCCAUCGCUGUGAUCACUGAGACAGCCCUAGAAACUGACAUAACUCCACCAGGCUACAACCUAAUGCAGCUCAAGAUGCCAUGCGCAGAGGACAGUCAAAACCAACCGGAGUGCUUUCGGCAUAUUUGGCGCAUGACCUUUUCUGUUAAGGAUGAUCACAGUGAUGUCAAUGUUAAAGUCAACCCAAAUCCCACUGGUGUGUCUUGCCAUCCAGCAGGGACUGACGGUGACAAGGAUGUCAUCUGUGACUAUAAGUCGACCUGCUGUGCUCCUUGGGCAGAUGUCCUGAUCAUUGAUGGGAGAGGGAAUGCAGAAGCAUUCACUGUGGAUUAUAACACAACACUCCCUACAGCAGCCAGUCCUGACAGCUGAACUGUAUUACAUGGAUGCAACUAGCAAACUAUGAGGGGUUAUUAUUGAUUUAUUGGUGCCGUUUGAUCCAGGAAGGAGAGACUGUCAAGAACCAAAGCCAUCAUGAUCGCCUGCUUUUUCAAUUGCACAGAAAACAAGUUUCAGAAAGUGUCUGUGUCUAUUUGAACCCAUUGACAUUAUAUAUGUUUGCACUAACAAAAUGUUUGUUUGAAGGUCUAGAGUACAGACUUUUUCAUCAGGGAUCCUCUUUCCUGUUUCCAGCAUAUCUUGGAACAUUAGUUUCCUCCCACCACCGAUCAUUUUGUUUCCACUUAUUGUAUUACUUUUGAAAUUGAAUGCUAUUGUUAUUUCAUUGUCUAUCUAUCCUAUUGAUCUAUCGAUCUAUAUAUAUAUAUAGAUCAGUCAGUGCUAAGCACAUCUUUACAUCUCUUUUGUUGUGUGUGUGUAUAUAGAUAAAUACAUAUACAGUAGAAUCUCGCUUAUCCAACCUUAACUCAUCCAAUGUUCUGUAUUAUCCAACUCAGUCUGCCUCCCACUCGGCUCCACAGUUGUUUCUCCAGGCAGCAACACGCAGUGGGCCAACAUGCCCAACGACACAAGUGCAGCCACGUUUCCAAAUAAGUGGAGACUUGUAAAACAUGAUGAUUUGGUGCUUAAUUUGUAAAAUCAUAACAUAAUUUGAUGUUUAAUAGGCCUUUCCUUAAUCCCUCCUUAUUAUCCAACAUUUUCGCUUAUCCAGCGUUCUGCUAGCCCGUUUAUGUUGGAUAAGAGAGACUUUACUGUAUAUACACACACAACCUGUCAAAAAUAACUGUAUAAAUAAUUUGUUAUGAGUAACUUCUACAAGUGUAUAACUAUGAUACAACUUUACCAAUAAGUUGUUACAAGUAACUGUAUUACAAGCUACUUGAUACAAGAAACUGCACUGUUACACAUUUUGCCACUUCUUGGGAAGUAUAAAUUCACAGCUUGGAGAGCUACUUUAAAAAAGUUACCGUACUUUGCUAUGUAACUUGUUGCAAAAUUCCAAAGGGUAAAUCAUUAUCAAUCACUUAGCAAAAUAUAAAAUAAUUAUUGCCUUCUUGUGUUAGGUUUAUUUGGCUCUUUUUUUUCCAUUACACAAACACAUAUUAAAAAGCUAGAAAUAAAA